ACACAAAGCAAACCUCUUGUACAUACCCAAAUCAGUGUGUUAGACAAAGGCAGCAUUGAACAGUUUGGGGAAAACAGACGAAAAAUUUCAAAGAAUUAUUCAUAGCAAUAGCGAUAAAUCAAAUAAAUUAUAAAAUGCACGCAAGAUUUGCGGAUCCGGAGCCCGCCUCACCGGACAGUGUGGACAAAAUAGAAACGGAAACUUUGGAGUCUCGCAUCGAGCACUUCAAACAGAAUCCCAACCACAUGACCGUCCUGCACGAGUUCAUCGAUGAGGUAGUCCAACAUGCCGAAGCGGAGGCCAAUAAACGUGCGCUCGAUGCACAAAAAUCGCAACAGGGCAAGGAGAAGCGACAGAGUUUCGCCAUACCAGAUUUUAAGAACGGUAAGGUUGUCAAUCGCGCCCGUGGCUUUGUGGUCCGCAUCUUUGACGCCAUCUGCAACUGUGCCAACAACAAUGCGGCUGCAGCCACGACGCGUUUCAAGCUGCGCAGCAAUGGAACCGGCGGAGCAGGAGGAAAACGUCAACAAUCCCAGGAUGAGCCCGAAACGUUGGCGCUCAGCAAGAAGAAGCCAUCAGCGGAGGGCAAGAAGAAAGGCAAAGCUGUCAGCAUGGCUGAUAACGUCGAGGCGGGAGUGCGACUGAUGGAUUAAAGGAUCAAGAUCAAACCCAACUUGAAAGCCCAAUAAUAUAAGCUCAGCAAAGAUGGAAUUAAAAUAUAUCUUAAAUAAGUUCCACGCAUUCUCUUAGCAAUAGGUAAUCAAGAAAAUUAUAUAUUUGGUUAAAAGGUUUUUAUGCUGCCAACUUCAAAUACGAAUACUUUUUGAAGUUACAUACAUAAUCUCAAAAACAAAUUAAAAUUUCUAUAGAACUGAGCUUUCCCAAUGUUCUUCUUUAAAAUCUAUUCUCUAGCAAUAUGAACUACGCUUAAGACUAGAUCUUAAAAAGAAAAAAAAUCACUUGAGUUUUCAACUUUGCUCAAAAAUCAAACAAAGCACAAAAAAUUAGGUCUUCCCUUGGAUUAUAAAGUUUCACAUGUGAGCAUUAACGGCACCAGAACUGUCCCAAAUUUCAUAUUUAAGAGUACAUGCAUGUCUAAAUUUAUAUAUCGGAUUUACUUUAUGAUUUUGUAAACCUAAUUGUGAUCCCAAAGUAUAAAAAUGAAAAGAAUGUGGAUGAUUCAAAGAGCAGUCUCAAAAAGCAGAAAUAUAUCUUUUAGGAUGGAAAGAGAAACAACAAAAUUAUCCAGUAUAAUUAAAGAUAAAAAGAAAACGCAGAUCUCAUUUCACAUACUAUCAAAACUUCAUGCACAACACAAUCAAAUGAAAAAUGAAACUGAACAGAGCCGUAACAUCCAUUAAAGAGCCUGUCAAAUUCCACCUAUUUAUAAUUGUACGAUCAAAAAAAUACAACUUAUAUUAUAAUCCCAAUAUGUGUGAACCUAUUUAGCUGAGUGUCUAGUAGUAAAUGUUUUCAAAAACCAAAGGUUCAUUGUAUACACACAAUAUACAUAUUAUAUAUACAAGCAUAUAAAUGUGUACUGAUUUUAUAUAUAUACAUACUUAUAUAAUUAGAUAUAUUUAGUUAUUUACACCGCGAAUAAAUAACGUACAACUUUCGAUGCCGCAUAGGUUUCCACACGACACGCUCUAUUUAUAUUUUUGUGAGACCCUUUUUGGAAACUACUUGUAGAUCUACUACUUGCUUAUCUAAAC